AUGGAGCAAAGGGAAAAUCUUUUCCACACUAGAUGCAAGGUAGGUGACUAUACAUGUAAUGUGAUAAUAGAUAGUGGCUCUUACACUAAUGUUAUUGCAUCUGAGGUGGUGUCAAAGCUAAACUUAACUACAAGAACACACCCUAGACCAUGCAAGUUGAGUUGGUUAGAUGAUAGCACUGGCAUUAGAGUCAAGAAACAAGCUUUGGUUGCAUUCUCUAUAGGGGGUUAUAAGGAUGAAUUAUGGGUUGAUGUACUAUCUAUGAGUGCAUGUCAUCUCUUGUUUGGAAGACCAUGGCAAUUUGAUAGAAAGGUCAUCCAUGACGGGGACUCUAAUGUGUAUUAUGUGUUGGUUGGUUCCAAAAGGGUAUGUUUGCACCCUCAAUCCCCUCAUUCAGUGGCGCCAAAGCAACCGCCUAAGACACAAAGUUACUUCCUCUCAUCAAGGGAGUUCGAACAAGAGGUGGAGGAAGAAGGUUGUGCUUAUGCAUUGAUUAUGAGACAUGCUGCCACAUGUGUCAAUACUGCUAGCAAUGAGAAACUAGAAGCCUUGAUGAAGGAUUUUGAAGAUGUAUUUCCAGAGGAGCUAUCACAAGGACUACCACCCUUGAGAGGCAUAGAACAUGCCAUAUACCUUGUACCUGGCGCCCCAUUGCCACGUAAGCCUGCUUAUAGGUGUGAUCCAUUGGCAUCAAGGGAUUGCAACACCAAAUUGAGGACUUGA